UCCUUCAAGGACACCAGUUAUUGUGAAACAGGACAUUCACGCUUGUGGGAGCUUGUUUCUGGUCGUUUCACCUCCUUACUGUUAAGAGAAAUGAAUAAUACAGGGGCGCAGGACGCAAGUCCAGCCUUAUUUCCCCCUAUUCCAGAGAAUAAUACAAAAGAAAAUGUUACAUCUUUGGAGUGGAUGUACGUUCUGAUUCCCCCGUACAUCUCCAUCAUCACCGUGCUGGGAUUUGUCCUCAACGUCUUUGUGCUGAUGGUUUUCUGCCUCCAUAAGAAAGCCUCCACUGUGGCUGAGAUCUACCUGACCAACUUAGCUGCUGCCGAUCUUUUCCUGAUGUGUUUUUUACCCCUCUGGGCUGUCAACGUUCACAAUCGUUUUAAAGAGACACUUCUAAAGGAGUUUUGCACAGCCUUCUAUGUGGGAAUCUACAUGAAUGCCUAUUGCAGCAUAUUUUUCCUUGUUCUUGUUAGCGUGGAUCGUUAUUUGGCUCUUGUGCACCCAAUUUCACAUGAGUCACUGCGCAGGCCUGCUUAUGCCAAAGUUGCCUGUUUUUGUGUCUGGAUCAUGGGAUUUUUGUUAAGUAUCCCAUUACUUGUCUACAAGGAUGUGGAACUUGGUCACGGCUGUAGCCCUAAAUACCAAAAUGUCACUACGCCUGUUAUGAUAGAGACCAAAGUUUUUAUUGGCAGCUUCAUUAUACCCAUUAUCAUCAUUUCCUUCUGCACGAUCAACAUUCUCAGAGCUCUGAGGAAAAGGUCAAAGAAUGAUUUCAAUAUCAAGAAAUCGGACAGUAAAGCUACCACUCUGAUCCUGUGCGUCCUUCUUGCAUUUAUGAUCUGCUGGAUCCCAUACUUUCUGAUUCAGAUCCUGGAAUACCUUCGUGAAAGUAGCAUCCUAACCGAUCCAGACUUCAUCAAACGCCUGGAAAUCUGCAAACAGAUUUUUCCCUGCUUGGCCAUUUUUAACAGCGUUCUCAACCCCUUCCUCUAUGUCCUUGUCGGAAAGAAUUUCAGGAAGAAGGCGAAGGAACUGUUUUUGCGGCAGAGCAGCGAGCGCGGAACAACCACCGGCUUUGUCAGCACACGGACAUACCUGACAAACAGUGCGAGAACCUGAGAUGUUGCUAACUUACAGAGAGCAGUUUGUUUUUUCAUGUCUUUGCAUGUCUACUUCACUGUAAUAUUAUGUUUGUUUGUUUUUUUCAUUUAAGAUAGCAUUUUUGUUGGGCAGCUUACGGCACGGUGGUAAGGUGAUUGACCUCUAAAGGAGGGCUGCAGGGUAGCACCUUGUAUGCAGGAGUGUAAAUAGUGAUUGUAAAGCGCUUUGGGCUUUGGUGCAUAUAGAAAAGUGCUAUUUAAGUAUACAUACUAAACACAAUGUGAUAUGAGUGUGAAGACUAAUCAACGUAUCGAUUUAUAUUUCUACGAUCCAACCAGAUUGAUCUUUCCAUGGCAAGUUGUUAAUCAAAUCAAACUGUACCAAUAUAAAAUAAAAUACAUUAAUAAUAAUAAUUGAUAUUGGAAAAUACCAUUUGGAUUCAGACACUGUAGGUUUAUUUUACAAUAUUAUAAAAACAAUCGAGUGCCAUAACGGCAGACAACAUACAUGUGAUGCAACAAAAAAGAUCAAUCCAUCAUUACAGUACAAUGUGUGAAAACCCUUUGAAUUUUGUAAAGACAGUUUGGUAUAAUAUUCUGUUUGUAUUAUGUUGAUGUGGAAAAACAAAGUUGGGCUACAUUUAAUGAAACAUGUAAAUAGAUUUGCCAUGAAUUCAUGUUUAUUUGUUUGUUUCUGCAUGGAUUUAAUUAAUAUUUGACUGUAUUGCAAGAAAUAGAAGGAAUCUGGAAAACUUCACCUUCGCUGUUCAGCAGGUAUAUACAGUGUUCCCCCACUUAUUAGUGGUUCUGUAUUAGCGGAUUCACGUGUCUGCAGAUUUUAGUUUUUCAGUCACAUGACUCUUCCGGUUCGUCACAAAAACUAUGACAACUCAAGAUGCUUGUAUGAAUUUUUUGCGUCUGAAGGAAGUGCUGCGCUGCUGAGGUGUAUCUCCACGCAGAUGAGCCUCCUCUGGAACACGGAGGGGGCUCAGCUGCGCUUCACUUCCGCGAGACGAAUGCACCCACCUCUCCACAUGUCCCUGCAUGGAGAAAUGGCAUCAGUUGAUUCAGAAGCGGACGAAAAAAAUUCGGAUAUGUUUAUGUUAUCUGACGAAACCAGAAGCGCACACUCUUGAUUUUAACAUUUUACAGGGAGUCAGAGUGACACACCUUUUCUCCAUCAUUAACUACCCUGUUGCUGUGGUACAGUCUUUUGUUCUGAAUUUAAAAAAAAAAACUCUAUGUUAAGCAAUACUCCAAUG